AUGUCAGCAGAGAAACGACUGGAAGAACUCGGCAUUGAGCUGCCAGCAGCAGCAACACCGAUAGGGAAUUAUGUAACAACCGUCCAUACUGGAAACCUGAUAUUCACAUCAGGUCACGGACCCGGCAGGGGCGAAGGUCCCCUUUACAAAGGUCAGGUGGGAACAGAUCUAACAAUCGAGGAAGGAUAUGCAUCGGCACGGCAGGUUGGCUUAUGCCUCCUCGCCACACUCAAAAAUGCACUCGGCGAUCUGGAUCGGGUCAAGCGCGUCGUGAAAGUGGUCGGCUUCGUCAAUUCCGCCCCGAGCUUCACCGAGCAGCCGUCCGUGGUCAAUGGGGUAUCGGAUCUGUUGGUAGAGGUGUUCGGCGAUAACGGCAAGCACGCACGAUCAGCGGUUGGGAUGGUACAACUGCCGGCAGCAUCCCCGUCGAAGUCGAGUUGGUCAUCGAAAUCGAAUAGUAAUUAG